CGACCAUGGUCAUACCUCAAGGCUAGAAAUUUGCUUGCUUCUGGAAGGGACAGCAACUGUAUACCUGAAGCCAUUCCUGGAUUGUUACCUAGAGUUAUUCAUUGGUCAAAAAGAAGCCUGCUGCGCUGGCGGGGCACACAACCAAAUGGAAGUAACUCGCUAUCAGCUCAAAAGCGUACAGAAAAGGCUGUCCUCGCUGCAGUUGAGCUAAUCACUCGGUUCAUCAUUCAGUUCGAUACUAGGUAAGAGAUGACUAAUAUCGAGCGACAUACAGCUCAAAAGACGCCGCAACCAAGUCCCAGAACUAGUUUACUUCCUUGAGUCAGCGACAUAUUUUCCCUUCUGUUCUUUCAAUCUUUACAGAUAACGCUCGGGCUUCUCAUUUCAUUUAAGCUCCGGUGUUUUAGGCUUCUACUGCAGAAUCGUCCGCUGACGCUGAUUGAGAGGUUUUGUUCAGUGACGUCUCCCGCAAGGAAAAUCUUUGGUUACCCAGGCCUGCGUAGACAUCUAUUCAGAACGCUUGCUGAAUAUCAAGGAGAGAUCGAGGAUUGAACUGGUGCUUCUGGUAUUAUGUCCAUCAUCCCAAAAAUACCCGAUACACGGGUUCUCGCUGUGGCAAGCCAUGUUGUCUCUGGAUAUGUCGGUAACAAGAUUGCCGUCUUCGUGCUACAGUCUUUGGGAUGUGAUGUCGCAGCUCUCAACACCGUACAGUUCAGUAACCAUACCGGAUAUAAGCAAUGGAAGGGAACGAGAGUCUCAGCACAGGAGAUCAUGGAUCUCUGGGAAGGACUGAAGCAGUCGUACCUAGAUGAUUUUGAUGUGAUGCUUUCUGGAUAUAUUCCAGGCGCUGCAGCCGUCGAUACGGUCGGUAAGAUAGGUCGUGAACUUAAGGAAAAGUCAAGCAAAGCACCUGGCAAGUUCUUCUGGGCUCUCGACCCCGUCAUGGGUGACAAUGGAAAGAUCUACGUCUCCGAGGAAGUGGUGCCAGCAUACAAGAGGCUCAUCCACGAUGCGGAUCUGAUUCUUCCAAACCAAUUCGAGGCCGAGCUGCUUUCAGAAGUCAAGAUCCAUGAUAUGGACAGUCUCCGGAAGGCUAUUCAAGUGCUCCACGACAAGUACAAGAUUCCUCAUGUCGUCAUUACUUCAGUCAACCUUGAGGCGCCAGACCAUCCGCCUUCGCAUCUCGCUGUUGUUGGUUCAACGAUGACAUCUACCGGCAAAGCUCGCUUUUUCAAGAUUGUCUUCCCAUCAAUCGAUUGUUAUUUCAGUGGCACAGGCGACAUGUUUGGCGCUCUUAUGGUAAUUCGAAUGCGUGAGGCUGUCUUCAAUGCUGACGAGCGGCUGCGGCAUACCGCCAGCUGGCUUAGCGAGGAUUCAGUAUCGGCUAUUGAACUACCCCUUGCACGCGCUGCAGAAAAGGUCCUAGGCAGUAUGCAUGAGGUUCUUUCCAAGACCUGCGAGGGCAUGAAGAGGGUGGUUGAACGAACAACGGACGACAUGAAAGAUGAGGAUCGUAUUAACCAAACUAAGGCGCACCUCGUAAAGAGUAAGGCGGCAGAACUUCAACUUGUGAGGAAUUUGGACUGCUUACGCUCGCCCACGACGCAAUACCUUGCGAAGGCCAUUUAGAUCUAGUGGGAGGGGGGUUGUCCAAGGUUACAAUGGCCACCAAAGUAGAAGCCAGCAAUAGAAAUGGGUAGAAAGGUUUGGGAAUAGACGUCUCGUCAUGAAUUCAUCCAAGUUUUCACAUCUCUUGUGAGGGUCAAAUAAUUCACUCUGAGAGCUUCUCUUGAAUAAUCAGCCUUCCUCAACUGUGU